AUGCUGCCAACCCAACAUAUAUUAACCCGCCAGCUAAUGCGCCCUGGCUUGCCCAGGGUGUAUCGUGUGGCAUGUGCUCAAGGGCUUCGUUACAACUCCUUGGAAGCAGGCGAAAAUAACACUGGACAUAUCAGUGUUGAUGCCAAGGAAGGUGUACUGUUUUUCAACAGUAAGUCUUUCUGCCCAUCUACAGCAACAAGCAUAUCCCUAAGCAAAAGUAAUCAGNACUUGUAUCCUUUGAGACUGCAAUGGCUCCUUCGUCUACCGCUUUUGAGCGCCGACAGACUGUUCUCGACACUGACUGGAGGUGACAAAUCUAUGGGAGCUAUCGAUCCUCAGAAAGUCAUCAAGAGGGCACAAGAAGCUACCCCUGACAAGCCUGUACAAGCGAACGUGGUCGAAGUACUGCCCAGAGUUAAAGAGGGCGGUGCUUUCGUCAAAUUUUCGUAUGAUUCUGGCUCAAAACUAUCCGACAUCGAAGCCGCAGUACAGAAGCAUCUCCAGGAUCAUCAAGUAAAGCCUUGGUGGGCACCCAUAACCAAUGUCCGAGCAGGACUGGUCAAGGGCAAGCCAUGGGUUGAGGACUUGUAUCGCCUGCCUAGUCAGCGAUUGAGAAUCGAAUUCUUGCCUACAGCCCCUGGAGGUGACGUUGCAGAACUAUCUCAAGAGCAGCUAUAUGCUUUCUUCAGACCUUAUGGAAAGCUGGCAGAUAUCAUCUCUCAGCCUUCGGAUUCGAAGAUCCUACCCAAGUUUGCCAACGUCGACUUUACGGCGGUGAGAAAAGCAGUCAUGGCCAAGGUAAGGACCUUUUCGGACCGAAUCUUAAAUGCAAUACUGACUGCUUCCAGANAUUGUUUGCAUGGCUAUGUUGUUUCAGAGGAACAGGGAGGUGGUAAGCUCGGGACAGUCUUCAGGAUCAGUUAUGAGAAGAAGCAGAAAGCACGGUGGUUUAUCGAUUGGCUCACGAACCAUCCUCGCAUAGCCAUUCCAGCUAUCGCCGCUCUCGUCGCUGGUAUCACCGUCGCAGUUUUCGAUCCUAUCCGUACCGCAUUCAUCAAGGGGCACAUCACCCGAACGCUUCAUCUCGAGGAUAAUAGAGUCUACCGCUGGUUCAAGAAGCAGGCAAGCGACCUCCUUGAUGUUGUACGUCUCAGAUCACACACACCCGACGAAGCUGGAAUGGAAGCUAUUUGGGAAGAUCAGAGAGGAAACAUCAACCAGAUCAAGACCUGGCUAAUGGAAACGGCCGACACUUUCAUCGUAGUCCAGGGACCACGUGGAUCUGCCAAGCGAGAGCUGGUCGUUGACCAGGCCUUGAAAGACCGCAGGAACAAAUUGGUUCUCGACUGUAAACCCAUCCAGGAAGCUCGUGGAGACUCGGGCACCAUUAAUGCUACAGCGGCAGAAGUCGGUUAUAGACCUGUCUUCAGCUGGAUGAACUCAAUCAGUGGACUGAUCGAUCUCGCAGCCCAAGGAGCUACUGGUGUCAAGACUGGCUUCUCCGAAACCUUGGACUCUCAGCUUACCAAGAUCUUCACAAACACACAAACAGCUCUGAAGCAGAUCGCACUCGACGGAAGGAAGAAAGACGAUAGAGAUGCCAAUCUCAGUGACGACGAAUAUCUUGAAGCGCAUCCAGAGAGACGACCUGUCGUUGUCAUUGACAACUUCCUGCAUAAGAGCCAGGAGGGCACUGUUGUCUAUGACAAGAUCGCUGAAUGUCUUUCCGACACAAGUAUCGAGGUUGCUAAGCGCUUCGUUAUCAACCACAUUGAUUUCGAGAGUGAAGACGCAGAAGCUGGUAUCAAGCAAUUGACUCCCUCCCAACGUCGCAAAGAUCUCGGGGAGCUCGAUGGUGUUCUACCUGCUCUGGGUGGUCGUCUCACAGAUCUCGAGUUUUUGGCGCGCAGAAUCAAGGCUGGAGAGACACCGCGCAAAGCUGUCCGCGAGAUUGUUGAGCAAUCUGCUAGCGAGAUCUUGAAGAUGUUCGUGCUCGGCCAGGAAGACGGUGGCCGUCAAUGGACACCUCAACAGGCCUGGCUACUCAUCAAGCAGCUUGCCAAGGACCAAAGCAUACGAUACAACGAGAUCUUGCUGUCGGAUUCAUACAAGUCCGGCGGUGAGAAAGCACUUGCAGCUCUUGAGCAAGCAGAGCUUAUCGCCAUCCAAUCCUACAACGGCCGUCCAUAUGCCAUCAAGCCCGGUCGUCCAGUCUACCAGCCUGCGUUCGAGAAGCUGACUCAGGAUAAGGUCCUGCAGUCACGCAUGGAUCUCGCAGUCUUGGCAGAGGGCAUCAAGGCCGAAACGCAGAGUAUUGACAAGUACGAGCAAGAGUUGCACCUUCUGGGUGAACUGCCGAGACAGCCGGCGGAGUUGACAAGCCGUGUCAACUAUCUCUUGACCAAGAUUAUGGCCAGUCAAGCCAAGGUCGAGGCUUACGAGAAGCAGAGCGGGGAUCUCAAGAAGAUUUUGACUACAGAAUACUAG